CUACUAUAGGGGGUUUCGGUUAAGCUUUUAAAUCAGUCUUCAAGAUACUGCCGAAGUAUCAAGAUCUUUGUUACCCCACGGAUAUUAUUUUUAAGAUACGGGCUAUUUUUAAAGUGAGAUACAUUCAGUUUUAAUACGAUGACGUGGCCUAGACUGGUUUUUGGUGUUUUACUCACGACCUUAAUAACGCGUUCUUAUUGUUUUACUACCGAAAUCAAACGUAACUCUCUCAGUUAUGAAGAAGCCCGAAAUGCAGUUAUGGAUGCUGAAGAUCUUCUUUCGACUGGAGGCAAUAUAGUCUUGUCAAAAAAAGAAGAAGCUGUCAAUAGGAUAUUCAUGAAAUACAAAAUGGCCGAAUUAGCGGUUGGAUAUGAAGGCGGUGAUGAAAAUUAUGCUCCUGGAAUGCAUUUCUUUAAGGGAAAAAAAAUAAUUGAUAAUAGCAAGGUUUUUAAAUUCUUAAAGAAAAUGCCUAAGGGUGCUCUGCUGCACGCUCACAAUAGUGCUCAGGUGUCUUCGGAAUGGGUUAUCAAAAAUCUAACUUAUACACCAGGACUUUUGACUUGUGUAAAUCAAGAUGGAGUAACGGUUCUUUCAUUUCGAAAAAGCGAGAAACACAACUGCAACUCUCGGUACUCAACUGUUAAUUUGAAAAGGCGGAAAUCCGAGGGUAGAAAAUUCUUUGACAGGCAAUUGGAAAAGUCAAUCAAUUUGUAUACUCCAGUUCCAGAGCUGGAAUAUAUGAGCUUGAAUAAAGUAUGGACAAGAUUUCAAAAUAUUUUCUCAACAAUUUCGGACGUUUUGAAGUAUCUUCCAGCUUUUCGUACUUUCCACUGGCGUAUGUUGGAGGAAUUGUAUGAAGAUGGUAUCAUGUACUUGGAGGUUAGAAUGGAAUUUAAAAAGCUGUAUGAUGAAGAAGGCAAAGAAUAUCCUCCGGAAUUUGCUGCGAUGGAGCUAAUGUCACUUGUCAAAAGAUUCCGGGCUCUCCAUCCUGAUUUUCUUGGGCUUAAGGUUAUCUACUCUACUAACAGAAAAAUCGAGCUGAGAGGUGUGUCAAAUAAGUUGGAGGCGUUCAAAAAGUUCCACAAAGAAGAUCCAAAUUUCGUUAUUGGUUUUGACUUAGUUGGACAGGAAGACUUGGGAAAUUCACUGUAUAACCUCAUUGAUGAACUGAAAGCUCUUCCAGAUUCUGCUAAAUACUUCUUCCAUGCUGGCGAAACUAAUUGGUAUGGCGCUGCUUCCGACUACAAUUUACUUGAUGCAAUUCUUUUGAAUUCAACCCGUAUUGGACAUGGAUAUGCCCUACUCAAACAUCCUGUCCUAUGGAAUGCUGUCAAAAAACGUGAUAUUGCCCUGGAAAUAAGUCCAAUAUCAAAUCAAGUUUUGAAUUUGGUUUGGGAUCUAAGGAAUCAUCCCGCAGCGUUUUUCAUUUCGGAAAAUGUUCCCAUUGUUAUAACAAAUGAUGAUCCUGGUUUUUGGAAUGCCAAAGGAUUAAGUUAUGACUUUUAUUAUGCCAUAAUGAGUUUUGCACCAAAUUAUGCAGGAUUGAAAACUCUCAAGCAGUUGGUGUGGAAUUCGAUUAAGUAUUCUGUUUUGAAUGAGUCAGAGAGAGAAGAAGCUUAUGACACAUUGGAGCGGAAGUGGGAUAUGUUUUUAGACAGGAUAAUUGCUGAUGAAAUUCAAAAUUCAUUGAAAGAAUAAACACGACUGAUAAAUAUUUA